AUGUCUUCUGUGCCUUCUGUACAACAAAUUACUUCUAAAGAGAUUCUCAUAAAAAAGGCAAAUUCUGGUACAUCCAUACCAGCAAAUUAUAGUACAACACCCUCAGGAACAAUCUAUUCUAAUACACCUGGAGCAAAUUCUCCACUUGCAAAAACUCCAACUAAAUUAGCAUACAUUCCUGGUGUUACUAUCCCACAAACAACAGACCAAGAUUCUUCUGAAAAAAAUGACUCCAACAAUAACAAAAAAUUGAAUAGAGUUGCUGGUCAUUUGGCACCACCUAAUUCUAAUUAUCCUGGUUUUAAAAACAUUUUGAUUGAUUCCAAUCAAAAUGGUAACAUUAGUAGUGGAAGUGAAAGUGGUGAUGAGGAGAAUACACCAGAGCAUUCAACUAAGACAGCAACACAACGUAUAUAUCGAGAGCUGAAGAUGAUUGUAAAUAAUCAAAAUAAAGCUUCUAAUGACUUGGGUUUUUAUGUUAAGCUUGAAAACUUAAGAUCAGUUUAUCAAUGGGUUGUGCAACUUAAAAAUUUUGAUCCAAGUAUUCCAUUAGCUCAAGAUAUGGCAGCACAUAAUGUUACCAGUAUUGAUCUAGAAGUUAGAUUUUCUCCUGAUUUCCCCGCUUUACCACCAUAUAUUCGUGUAAUAAGACCAAGAUUACUAAGAUUUCUUAAUGGUGGAGGUGCAGGAGGAUCUAUUUGUAUAGAGAUUUUAACAUUGGGCAAUAGGAAUGAUAAAGGGUGGUCGUCCGAGUUCACUAUAGAAUCAGUUUUAUUACAAGUUAAAUUGGCAUUAAGUGAUUUAAGUCCACCUGCAAGACUUGACAAGAAUUGGAGAAUUGAAUACAGUCCAAGAGAAGCCAUGGACGCAUAUAUUAGGGUAGCAAGACAACAUGGUUGGGCUAUUCCACCUCAAUGGUCAACUUUAUUUAGACAUUAA